UUUUUUUCCCUAUCAACGAACAUGUACCAUUCGCACGCACACCGAUGCUAUAACGAACAAAAAUCCCACAUUACUCGUUUUUUUGUCAGCAUCUAUCUUUCUUCUUUCUCUCUCACAUCUAUUGUGCACAUUACACAACAACAUCACAACGAAAGCAGAAUACCAACAGCCACUUUUGUCUCUGUUCUUUUUCUAUAUCACAUACACACAAUUUAUUUCUGCGUUAUAUAUCCCGAUGGUCAUGCAUUGUUAGCAUCACCACGACUGUCAUUAUCAAACAUAUAUUUUUCUGUCAAAACUGCUCCUUUUUCGUUGUCCUCUUUUUUUUAA